GCGGUCGCCCCGGGGGGCCUUGACCACAGCAGGUCACCGAGGCGCCUGGCCGCGGAGGACCAGCCAUUCCCGGACACCGACAUCGGCCUCUCGGCGGAGCUGAGCCGCAUCAUCGACGACCAUGCCGCGAUGGAGGAGCGGACGGCCGAGUUGGAGAGCGAGCUGCAAGCCCGCUACCGGGACGAGCUGUCCAGGGCUGAGGCCGAGCACGUGCAGCAGCUCAGGCAGGAGUUGCAGGUGCACCAGCGGCAAGCCGAACAAUUGGCGGAGGACCGUCGGCAGCAAGCAGUGGGCUUCGUUGAGACUGCCAACGCGCAGGUUGCCCAGGAGGCCCUCGUGCGAGACGCUGCCCUUCGGGACGAACUUCGCGGCUACGAGGUCUCGCUCGAGGAGUCUGCCGCCGCGGAUGCCGUGGCCCAGCGGGCCCGUGCCGCGGAGGAGAUCGCCGCGCACUUCCGGGCGGUCUGCCAGCACGAGGCGAGGCUCGAGAUCGACGCCCGGGACAGAGCCUUCACGGAGCUCGGGGAGAAGGUCGAGCGUGACGCGGCGGAGAAUUACUUGGCUGUCCGGGCUGAGGCGCAGCGCGAGGUGCUCGUGGCCAGGCAGGCGGUGGACCAGCAGGUCGCCGCCCUGCAGGGCGAGGUCGCCAUAGCUAGCGCCAGCGCUGCCAGGGCCGAGGGCAUGCAGCAGGCAGAGGUUGCGGCUGCUCGCGACGGAUUCCGUCGACUUCGACACCAGCAAGAGGUCGGCGACGCGGAGAUCGUCCAGUUCAAGAGGGAAGUCGACGAACUGAGCGACGAGCUCGACACUCGGAACCACGAGCUGGAGCUUUGGAGUGAGCAGGGCUUGGAUGCCCAGGCCAGGUUCGAUUCCGAGGCCGAGCAGCUCCGCGAAGCCAACGAGCACAUGCUGGAGUUCUCGAGUCAGGCGAAUACCUACAUCGAGGGGCUCGCGGGGGUCAUCGAGAACUUGGAGGAUUCUCUGGCCGCCGAGACCAGGAUGCGGGGCGAGGAGCCCGCACUAGCCGAGAGACGGGGGCUUGAACUACGACGUGAAGCAGAGAUUGCCAGAGCGGCUGCUGUUCGACCGGGGCUUCCGCAGCUGGUGGUCCCAGGAUCCGCCGCCUCGCUUGGAGCUGCCGCUCUUGCAGCUGUUCCUGCAGCCGGCGGAGGCGGAUGCCCAGCGCGGGCUGCUGUCCCAGCCGGGGCCCUUGCUGCUCCCUUUGACCGCCGGGUCGUGUCCGCGAUUACGGCCGGGGGCUAUCGGAUUGGCGAUGGUACGGCGCGGGCCGGUCCGUCGACGGCGCCGCCUGCGGCGCCGAUUUCGCUCGUGACCCCGGACCCGGCACGACGAGCAGGGCUGCCAACGAACCCUGCUGCCCCGGUUAUGUUCUCGCUGGAUUCGAACUCGGAGAACGAGGAUGAGGCUUUCAUGCGACGGCGCACGCCGGUCAAGGAGAUGAAGCUGGAGGCCUUGCCGACGGCCCACGGCCUGCGCAAGUGGGUGAACGACUUGGUGUCGGAGGCGUGCCGGUGCUCCAACAGGUCGAAGACCAGGACACUGAAGUAUCUCAGGGAGGUCUUCUUCGCGACGGACGUCGAGACCCUAGAGACGAUUCCGUCUAGGUGGGACCCGUUCGACACCGAGCUUGCGAGCGCCUUGAGGAAGGUUGCCACCGGAGGCGUGGGCAGAGAGGUGCAGCUCUACCAGGAGCGGUGCGCCCGCGAGAUCCGCCCGUUCGGCGGCAGGCCUGUGCUAUACAUGAUCCUGAAGCGGUACGAGGUGAACUUUGGCCAGGCGCUCCACGUCGAUCUGUCCACGAUUCAGGCGCUGAAGUUCAGUGGCGAUCUGGAGGCAUAUUUGGACGCCCUCGACUCACGUUUGUCGAUCAUGAUGAAGGAGCCGGAUGAGGCACUAUUGUUGGCAAUCGUCGUGCCAGAGCUCCGGCAGUGCCCAGACUUGGCUCUCGAGUUCCAGAUCUUCGACAGGGCCACGCCUGGCAGCAACGAGCAGACCUUCAAGUACCUCUACGACGCUGCAAGGGCGCUCUGCGCCCGCAAGCGCCAGCAGAAGACGGCGGACAACCUCACGGCGCCGCCGAAGAAGGUGCAGCCGCUCGCCAAGGUGAAGGCCAAAGCCGAGGCGAAGACCAAGGCUGAGCCAAAGGUGAAGGCGGACGCGCGGGCCGGGGCGGCGAACCAGGAACCCAAGCAAUUCCCUUGCGCACUCUGGCGAGCGGGGGCGUGCAAGUUUGACAGAGACUGCAAGUUCAUGCACUAUAAGAAUAAAGUGCACACGCCCACUGCCGGCUACCCCGCGGGCACCGUGGUCAAGCUUGGGAACCGGCCUGGUGAUGAUUGUCGCCACGCGGCGAACCCCUCGGAGUGCCCCUUCGGCGAUCGAUGCAUCUAUCGCCACGGGCCCGACGACAAGAGGGACAUCGAGAAGAUCAUUAAGGAAAAGGCCAGCAAGAAGGGCGGCGGCAAGGGGAAGAAGAAGGCGCUCCUUGCCAGCGCUCCGUGCGUCGGUGCCGGGCUCGACGACUUCACGGGUGAGAUCUGGACGCUGGACUCCGGGAGCGCGUUGGAUGCGACGGGCCACGUCGCUGGCGCUAAGCCGCAUAAGAUCUCGCAGCCGGGCGCCAUCGACACCGGCAAGGGCGAGUCGCGCAUCGACAGCGCGGUGAUGACCCACCUGGACGAGCUCGGGGAGGAUAUCGAGGCCGCACUUUUGCCAGACGCCUCGGCCACCACCAAAAUCCUCACGAUUGGCAAGCGUUGCGCAGAGAUGGGAUACGGCUUCUACUGGGAUUACGUGCCGCACCUCGUCACGUCAUCGAGGCCGGCGGGCCCUGCUGCCCGGAAGGUGCUGGUCGGGACUGCGACCGGAGACGGAUCUGAGGGUCCGCCCACGCCGCCGACGGAGUUGGCCACGCUACCGACCGAGCUGGCCGACGUCGCAGCGCUGUCCCCGGAGCCCGAGGAGAUCGCCGGGAUGGAUCGGGAAGAGCCCCCGUUGUUCGAGCAGUUCUUCGAGUCGCCGAUUCCCGAACAUGACGUUGCGGCAGUCGCUGGAGAGCUUGGCGCGCCGCUUGUCGAGCAGGAGUCGGUUGGGGACGUCGUGCGAGUGUUGGAGGGGGGCUUGACGGACUUUGACGCGGAUGCCAUGUCCGACCCUACGGUGUUCCAGAAGAUCGAGGUUUCGGAGUCGCCCGACGAGGUCGUUCUCGACUCGGGGGCGGCACACCUGACGAUCGAGCACCUGUCGCGCCACACCCCUUCGAUGCCAGACGCCUGCCCGGGCUGCAGGGCCGGCAAGCAUUGCAAGCCCCACUCACGACGGCGAGACCCUGCUUCCAGGGGGAUCGCGAUUCAAGCUCCUGAUGCGGAAGAGCGCCCAUUCGGAGCCUGCGUCCACUUGGACCACGCCGUCAUGCCUCACGGCAGCCCCGCGGCGGAGGUCGCCAAGGUCAGCCUGAACAUGCUCGACGAGAGGACCCAGUACGGCGGCGCGUUCCCGAGCUCGAGCAGGAAGGCGGAGGUCGCCAUUGCAGCACACCACCUCUUCGACGACGUCUCCCCGCAGAUCAGGCGCUGGUGGACGGACAACGCCCCGGAGUUCAAGACGGCAAGCCGGAAGCUUCGGGAGCUCCACCCUUUCGCGCAUUUCUGCUCCAUUCCUCACGUGCCACAGUCGAAUGGCAUCAUCGAGAGGUUCAACCGGACGCUGCUGGAGGGUGCUCUCGCGCUGCUCGCGAUGGCGGCUUUUCCCGUCACCUGGUGGCCGCUAGCGCUGACGAUGUGGUGCAUGAUGCACAACGGCUUCAAGAUCGGCAAGGACGGCUUCACCCCAUAUUUUCGACGUUUCGGCCGCCAUCCUGAGUUCCGGCAGUACCCCUUCGGCGCUCUCGUAUUUGUGGCGCCGCGGGAGAAGGGAGUCAAGCAGCCCAAGUGGCAGGAAAAGAUGCUACCCUACGUGCUUGUCGGCAUCGGGAUUGGCCCUUGCUUCGACUGGAACAAGACGUACGCCGUCGUCCCUCUCCGCAGGCUGCUGGGCGAUUAUCGGCCAUCGCGGUCAUCUAUUAGAUAUUCUGCCGAGGUCUUCUUCCCCGGGCGCGUCACCUUCCCAGCGAAGCAACGUCUUCGCCUUGCAGGGGCGGCCAGGGACGACGCCUUCCCUGCCCCGGCGGUCUGCGAUGAGAAGGGGGCUUGGGACAUUGAGGAGUCGGACCACAGCGCUGGCUCAGGCAACGAGUACGACGGCGAGCUCGCGGAGAAUGCGCCCAAGCUGGUGCCGGGCAACUUCAUCGAAGACAUUGUGCUGGGCCCCGAGAACCUGGCCGACUCCGGCGGCGACCAAGAUGACUGGCUUGGAGCUGAUGCCCAGUUUAUCGCUGAAGAUGUUCUCGCCGGCAUGGGGCCGGAGCCGGAGCCCCUCGACGAGGCCGAGGUCAAGGCUGCAGGGGGGCGCCCGCCGACCGGCUGGAGAAUCGACACGUUCGGCAGCCGAGCGGUCUCUGUCCCGCCAUGGUCGCGGAGGCCUCCCACCGUCUACCCGGAGGCGUGGGUCAUGAUGAGCAAGGGGGACCAGAACAAGCUGAGGGACGAGUGGAAGGAGAAGGAUCCAGAUGGAUUCAAGAAGCAGGUACCCCUCAGGAGCCGGCGGCGGCACGGUCCGGGGGUGGGGGACCCCGGCCGCCUGAGGCAGCACGGGCAGCGGAUGCCGCCCAACAGCCUGACCAACAACCAGAAGCAGUUCCAGCACCUGGGAGUCCAGCGCCGGUGCUUUCGGCAGUGCAUCGGGACGUGCGGCGCGCUGGAGACCGACCUUACCUUGAAGGAGACCCGCCGUGCUCUACAUGGUGUGGUCCGGGAGGCCUACCUCAAUGGGUGUGCAAUUUACGUCUGGGCGUCGACGCCGAGCACGGCCGGGAGCCCGAGGCAGCACGUCGACGCUGGGCCUGGCGGUGCCUGUGGUGACGUGGAUCUUUCCGACAAGCUCAUACAGACCACCAUUUCCAUUUGCAGGCACGCAGCGAGAUACGGUGGCUGGAUUUUCUGGGAGCGGCCUCCUACGUCCAAAUUCUGGCACCGCCAGGACGUCAUCGACUUCGCGCAGUACCUCGAUGCUGGCAGCCGGGACGUCUCGACCGCAGCGCUCGGGAUGAAGUUUGUCGUGAAGCGCGGCGGCCAGGAGAUCGAGCAAUAUCUCAAGCAGAAGUGGAGGAUCAUGUCGAACCACGCGGAGUUUCUUCGACGAUUGGAGCCGUACCAGGACGUUCCGGACCUCCCCGAGGACAGCUUCAUCGAGUGCACGGGCAAGAUCGCCAAGGACAGCACCAACUACACGCUGGAGCUGGCGGAGGUUUUUUGGAGCAUCGUCAAGGUUGUGCCCAGCCUAGACCACCACGAUGACGAGGUUGGUGCAGAGCCACCUGUGUGGUCGUGCUUGAUUACACGGAAGAUCAAUCUGAAGUCAGCCGAGGCUCGAUCCGAAGCCGCUCUGAAGGCCAUCGAAAAGGAGCUGGCUGGCCAUCGGAGCCGGCAGACUUGGUCCGAGACGGAGGUCCGGGAGUACAAGGACCUGAUGAAGGACCCAACGAUUCCGGAAGUCUUGCACGGCCGCGUCUUCGGCAUCAUGGGCGAGAAGAACGCCGAGGGCGACGACGCCUCGAUCAAGUUCCGGGCGGUCUUCCAGGGCAGCCAGGUGAGGACAAAAACGGGCGUCGACGCCGUCGACCUGUACCAGGAGGUUUCGAGCAGCCCGGUGAGCUUCGCAGCGGUACGCUGCACUCUUGCGAUCGCCGUGCUGCUUCAGCUCCAGGUGUCGGUUUGCGACGCCCUGCAGGCGUACCUUCAGGCAUCGAUCAGCGGGCCAGGACGAGUUCCCACGUGGGUCGAGAUCCCACGGGAGUGGUGGCCGUCGAGCUGGUACCACAAUGGGGACCGGUCUCGCCCCAGGUUCGUUCGACCGGUAUGCCUUCUGCUCCGAGCUCUUUACGGGCAUCCGGAAGCAGGCGCACUCUGGGAGCACCUGUUCGAGGGCAUCCUGAAGGCAUUGCACUGGAAGCCGGUAGCUUCCUGGCCUGGGGUCUUCCUUCACCCGGACGGUAGCAUUCUCAACGUGUACGUCGACGACGUGCUCCUGGCAGCGGCUAUCGGGAGGGCCGCCGAGCAUUGGAGGGACCUCUUCAAAGCCAUCGACUUUAAGGACGACCCGGCGGACAUCUCUCGGUUCGUGGGGGCCCACUACUUGCUCGACCCGAUCCGGGAGGAGGAGCCGUUGGCAGCGCGUCGCAUGCAGAUCUCGAUGUCGGGGUACACUGCGAAGAUGUGCGACCGGUUUAUGGCUGACACCGGCAUCGCCUUGAACAGGGCAGUCGACACGCCGCACUUGUCGAACGAGGCGUGGAACGACGACAACGAGCAGACGGGGAAGUUCGCACCGAUUGCGCCCUCUCACGCAGCCUCUGCCUUGUUCCUGUACCGCGUCGGCAGGCCGGACAUAGCCGCGGCCACCCAGCGCCUCUGCAGCAAGGUAUCUGCUUGGACCGUCGUGCACGACAAGGCCCUCAUCAGGCUCAUGCUCUAUGCCGCCUGCACGGCGAAGGCUGUGCUGCGCGGGGCGUUGUCGCCGUCUGAUCUGGCCACGCUGCUGCUCGUCUGCUACUCGGACGCUGACCUGAAUGGCAAUUCGGAGACCACCAAAUCUGUCUCGGGCUGGUGGGUCGAGCUCUUCUCUCCCGAGAGUGGGAACACGUUUCCGCUGAGCUGGGGAGUAUCGACACAGACAUCGACCAGCUCGGCCACUGCCGAAUCCGAGACGGUCGCCUUCAGUCACGCUCUGCGCCGGGAGGCGAUCCCGUUGCAGAUGUUGCUUGAAGAGGCUCUUGGCCAGCAUAUCCACAUAGUUUGUCGCAUCGAUAAUAUGCAAACUAUUCAGUGUGUAGCAAAAGGUUACAGCAAGAAGCUCAGACACUUACCACGUACCCAGCGGAUCUGUCUUGGGGUGCUUCACGAGAUGGUCACAAACCCCGACCUGCGCAUCGCUAUGGAGCAUUGCCCGACAUUGGCCAUGAAAGCGGACCUGUUCACGAAGACGUUGAAUUCGGCACGGUACGCGACGGCCUUGGACAUGAUUGGGCUUGAUGUCACAGACGGGGCCUAA